CAGGGAUGAAGCUGCUCAGCAGCUCAGUAUGUCUUCAGGACAGACCCGCGCUGGUGUUACAGAGGUGGAUUCUGCACAUUUCCACAGAAACCGAACACGUUCCCAUGGACAUGAUUCUGACUCAGAUAGCGAGUUAUCUCUUGAUGAACAUAGCAGCUCUUAUGCUUCUUCUCGCUCUUCUGAUAGUGAGGAUGAAGAAAUUGAAACAGAGCAGCAGUGGAAGCCAACCAGCCCUAAAAACAAUGAGCGUGGGCCGGUGCAUAGUACACCUAAAGUGGAUUCAGUACCAAAUCACGUUAAACCAUACUGGCCUGCUGACUGCAUGA